UUUCCACCCUGGUCUCUGCCUCCUUCCAGCUGGGCCUUUGCUCUUGUCUGCUUGCCUGGAUGCUCCAGCAACCAUGAGUCGCCAGUUUAGCUCUCAAUCGGCGUUCAGCUCAAGGAGCAAGCGGGUUUACAGCCUUGGCUCUUCCGCAGGCUCUGGUGGUGGCAGGUUGGCCGUGGGCUCUGUGUGUCAGGCCCGAGGGAGGUGUGGCAGUGGUGGCGGGUAUGGAAGCCAUGCAAGGGGGUUUGGCUCUCAGAGCCUCUACAAUCUGGGUGGCAGUAAAAGCAUCUCAGUUAACCUAGUGGACAGAAGCUCCAGUAGUUUCCGCCAGGGUGGGGGAGUGGGAAGAGGAUUUGGAGGGGCCAGGAGCUUUGGCGGUGGUGGCUCUGGAGGUGGUGGUUUGGGAAGUGGCGCUUUUGGUGGUUUUGGGGGUCGUGGCUCUGGAGGUGGUGGCUUUGGGGGUGGUGCCUUUGGGGGUGGUGGCUUUGGAGGUGGUGGCUAUGGAGGUGGUUUUGGGGGUAGCAAUUUUGGGCUUGCGGGCUUUGGUGCCGCUUGUCCCCUGGGGGGCAUCCAACAGGUGAGCAUUAACCAGAGCCUCCUACAGCCUCUUGACCUGGAGGUGGACCCUGAAAUUCAGAGGGUCAAGACCCAGGAGCGGGAGCAGAUCAAGGUUCUCAACAACAAGUUUGCCUCCUUCAUUGACAAGGUGCGAUUCCUGGAGCAGCAGAAUCAGGUGCUACAAACAAAAUGGGAGCUGCUGCAGCAGUUAAACACGUCGACUCAGCCCUUCAGCCUGGAGCCUGCCUUGGAGAACUACAUCAGCGAGCUGCGGAGGCAGGUGGACUUCCUCAGUGCAGAGCAGAUGCGCCAGAACUCGGAGGUCAUGAGCAUGCAGGAUGUGGUGGAGGACUACAAGAACAAAUAUGAGGAAGAAAUCAACCGAAGGACCAACAAUGAGAAUGACUUUGUCAUCCUAAAGAAGGACGUGGAUGCUUCUUAUGUAAACAAAGUAGACCUACAGUCCAAGGUGGACCUUCUGCUUGGGGAGGCCAAUUUCCUGAAACAUAUAUUUGAGAUGGAGCUGUCCCAGAUGCAGACCUUCAUCAGUGACACCAAUGUCAUUGUGUCCAUGGACAAUAACCGCUCCCUGGAUCUGGACAGCAUCAUCCAAGCCGUGCAGAUCCAGUAUGAGAUGAUCGCACAGAAGAGCAAGGAGGAGGCUGAGGCGCUGUACCAGACCAAGUACCAGGAGCUCCAGAUGACAGCGGGAAGACAUGGAGACGAUCUGAAGAACAGCAGGAUGGAGAUUGCAGACCUCAACCGCACCAUCCAACGGAUGCAAGCUGAGAUCAGCAGCCUCAAGAAGCAGAAUGAUCAGGUGCGCUCGGUCAUUUCGGAUGCAGAGGAGAAAGGAGAUCAGGCCCUCCAGGACGCAGGGCAGAAGCUGCAGGGCAUGGAGGAGGCCCUGCAGCAGUCCAAGGAGCAUAUGGCCCGGCUGCUACGUGACUACCAGGCACUGCUAGGAGCCAAGCUGUCCCUGGAUGUGGAGAUAGCCACCUACCGCAGGCUGCUGGAGUGCGAGGAGAGCAGGAUGUCAGGAGAGCUGCAGAGCCACGUGAGCAUCUCUGUGCAGAGCAGCCAGGUGUCUCUCAGCGGCGCAGGAGGCGGCGGUGGCCGAGGCUCUGGAGGUUACAGCAGCGGUGGAGGCGGCGGUGGCAGCAGCAGCUGGGGCUACAGCUCCCGUGGGGGUGGUAGUGGAGGCUAUGGAGGGGGCUAUGGAGGGGGCUCCCGAGGGGCCAGCGGUGGAGGAAACUACGGAGGGAGCAGCAAAAGCGGCAGCAAGUUUGGGGGCAGAAGCGGUGGCUCCUCCAGACUGCAGAUCAUCCAAACCUCUACCAACACCUCCCACAAGCACAUUGUGGAGUAGGAACAAAGGUUUCUGUGACCCUUCGCUCCUAUCUCCUCCUCACACCCUUCUGAUCCCCUCUUACUUAUCUUUUCCUGAUGGGUCUCAGCAGUUUUGCCAAUAAAAUCCUCUCUAGAUGGGGAAGCAGGUGGGUAACUCCAAAACAGCAGAUCUUUCUAUGGAGGGCACUGGCUGGCAGUCAGAACACAGCCAGUCAAAUUCUCAACCCAGAUUCUACCUAGAGGGCCCUCUUUCUGCCCCCAAAUGCCCAGCGCCCAGGCUAGCCAUGGAGUAAAGAGCAGGGACAAGGCUGACAAUGGAGAGUCCACCUCAAACACAUUGGGUUCCCUUUCCUGCACCUGGGCUGCUCUGAGGGCAAGAAUCCACCCCUCAGGGACCCACAAAAUGAGGCCUUUGGAUGAGUGGCUGAGAGCAAGGCAAAGCUUGGUAAGAGGCUCCUCUGGCCAGGGACCCUUUCUACUUCUUGGUCUGUAGCCUCACACUACCGUGUUGAUGGAGAAUGUGGAUUGGCUGCAUCAGACACCCAUGCCAUGUCUGGGUCAGAUUCUGAAUCUCUGCCUUAAGAAGCACUGUCCCCUGGACCAACAGUGCCAGGUGGGAGUGUAUCAGAGGGCCUGAGAUUUUGUCCACAAGGAUGACUGUUGUGAGCAAUGAAUGGAGGAGUUGAUGGACAAGCAAUCAAGUUCUGUUCUGUCCUGUCCCUCCUGACAGCUCCAUUCUUUGGAAGCCUGGCCCUUUCUGAAAUCUGGUCCAUAGCAGCCCUCCUGAGAAUUGUCCAAAGGUUGGGCAUAUGCAGCCCAGUUCUGCUAUGUCCAUGUGUCCAGGCCUCGAGCAGUUUGAGAAUAAGACUUGAGUCUUGGGAAGUUCAGUCUGAACCAGGCUGCAAGCUGCCCUUUAUUUGCAAGGUAGCUUAAUGCUCUUUCUCAGAUCGCAAAGUCCUUUCUGCUUCCUGUUCUCUGUGCUUGAGCACUAUGUAAGAAUUUGACUCUUCAUUUUGGUCCUUAACAUAAGAUGCUUGAGAUGUGCUGAAGGGGACAAGAAAGGGAAAGUAUUGACCAACUAAGGGGCCUUGAGAGAGAGGAGGUGGCUUUACUUCUAAGAUCUGAAGUCACCUUCACUUGCUCGCUGAGUCCUAACACAAUGUCCAAGCUCAUGAUUCUCUUGGAGCAUCUGAUGUGCUCAGUGUGGGUCACUUGGGAAGUGCUGUGACAUCAUCAUUUUUCUGGUUGAAGGUUGUACCUUGAAGGGUUUGACAUUUCUGGUGUUUCUACAAUAAACUUCUCUAAUCUCAAA